GAGCACUUAAGUCUAACCUCGUGCAUCAUCUAUGCAGUUGCUGGUGUUCGCAACUUUCUACCAAAGCCACUCGUGACACCUCGCUGCAAGCUCUUCCUUCUUGCGCCACCAUUCCCCUUUGUACCGCAGUAUAUCCACCCUCGAAACCAAGAUCCUCAGACCAUAAACGACUCGCUGAGAUGAUGCAUAAUCUGAUGGAGAUCUCCCUCGCCCCAAGUGUUCCGGCUUCCCUUCGCGUUAUCCUGAGCAAGUACAAUAUCAUCAUCCGCCUCUGGACACACGCAUUCCAUAAACUCCUCGAGGCCUUGAGACGUGCCUCGUUUUCCUUGCCCCUAGCUCUUGAACACCUUCAAGAUUUUAUAUAUUAUGCCUACACCUUCUACACCAGGCUUCUUGAGGAGCCCACCCUGUGCUCAUUCCGACCCGGCUGGCUCGAAGCUCUUGGCGAUCUUGCGUGCUAUCGUAUGACCGUGGCCGCAAUGGUUACCAACAAUCAAUUGAAAGGCUCGGCACUAACCACAGAUGCUGUUUCCAAAGCGGCCGGUGACAGCCAAGAGCAAGUCGCAGAUGAGCGUCAAAUCAUCUUCUGAUCGUCCCGCUGCGCAGGUUGAUGACUCGCCGAGUCCGAGCAUUGGCGUUGUUGCCGCACGUAUGAUGGAUGUUGAGCCAGAGAAGCAACUCUUGCAUGGUCUGUCGUAGCAGAUAGAGUUUUUGUAUCUACUACGCUGGUCAAUCCUAACUUUUUGACUCUCGAGUCUUUUCAAUUAAAGUUUAUGGAGUCU